AAGGCUAUAAUAGCUUAUUUUUGUGACUAUUCUGACUUUUUUUUAUUUCUCAUAAUUAAUAAUAAAACAUUCUGUCUAGAGGUAAUUUUUAUUCUCAACCUUCCCAUUUCCUCAAACUUUAAGCUAUUUGAAGUAUCUGUAAUUGAGAUGUUCCAUUUUGUCUUACAUAUAUUUAUUUAUUUCUGGUUUGUAACUAAGUGAAUUUUUUUAUUUUCAGAUGAUUCUUUGGGAUUGGGACUUAAAGCAAUGGUAUAAACCUCAUUAUCAGAAUUCUGGAGGUGGAAGUGGAGUGGAUCUUUCAGUGCUAAAUGAGGCUCGGAAUAUGGUGUCAGACCUUCUGAUUGAUCCGACCCUUUCCCCACAAGUCAUUUCUUCCCUUCGAAGUAUCAGUAGCUUGAUGGGUGCUUUCUCAGGUUCCUGUAGGCCAAAGAUUAAUCCUCUCACACCGUUUCCUGGAUUUUACCCCUGCUCUGAAAUAGAGGACCCAGUGGAGAGAGGAGAUCGAAAAAUCCACAAGGGACUACACAGUAGGAAUAGUUUACCAACUCCACAGCUGAGGAGGAGCUCAGGAGCUUCAAGUCUGCCACCUAUUGAACCUUCUUCAAGGUGGGAACGCAAUAAUGGCAAAAGGCCUCACCAAGAAUCUGGUGUUUCAAGCCAAGGAUGCUAUCUAAAUGGGCCUUUUAGUUCAAACCCACUGACAGUCCCGAAGCAAAGGUCAUCUUCUGUGUCGCUAACUCACCAUAUAGGUCUAAGAAGAGCUGGUGUUUUACCGAGCCUGAGUCCCGUGAAUUCUCCUGGCCAUGGACCAGUGUCUCCUGGCUCUCUAACUAGUCGAUCGCCUAUAGAAUUUCCUGAUACUGCUGAUUUUCUUACUAAGCCAAGUGUUAUUUUACACAGAUCUCUGGGCAAUGCACCCACUUCACCAGAUUUUUAUCCGCCACUUAGAAAUUCUGAUAGCAAUUUAUGUAACAGCUGUGGACAUCAAAUACUGAAAUAUGUUUCAACACCUGAAUCAGAGUCUGGUACAGAUUGCUGUGGCGGGAAAUCAGGGGACGAAGACAACACCAUUUCCUCAAAAGAAUCACUCAACCUUACAGAAGCUCAACAAGAAGUGGAAACAGAGAACAGAGACUGCAGAAAAUUAGCUCUGGAAGAUGAUAAUCACCUAACAGAAGAGGCACAGAAUGCACAGCAACCAAAUAUUGAACAGGAAGCAUCACUGGACCGGGUUUUAAUAGAAGAUUAUGAUUCAUUAAUAGAAAAGAUGAGCAACUGGAACUUUCAAAUUUUUGAACUUGUAGAAAAAAUGGGAGAGAAUUCAGGAAGGAUCCUUAGUCAGGUUAUGUAUACUUUAUUUCAAGACACUGGUUUAUUGGAAAUAUUUAGAAUUCCCACUCUACAAUUCAUGAACUACUUUCAUGCAUUAGAAAAUGGCUAUCGAGACAUUCCUUAUCACAAUCGUAUACACGCCACAGACGUCCUACAUGCCGUUUGGUAUCUGACAACACGGCCAAUUCCUGGCUUACAGCAGAUCCACAGUGAUCCUGGAACAGGAAACGAAACAGAGUCUGAUGGUAGAAUUAACCCUGGGCGAAUUGCUUACAUUUCUUCGAGGAGCUGCUCAAUCCCAGAUGAGAGCUAUGGCUGCCUGUCUUCAAACAUCCCUGCGUUGGAAUUGAUGGCUUUGUACGUGGCAGCUGCCAUGCACGAUUAUGACCACCCAGGGCGGACAAAUGCAUUUCUAGUGGCUACAAAUGCCCCUCAGGCGGUCUUAUACAACGACAGAUCUGUUCUGGAGAAUCAUCAUGCUGCAUCAGCUUGGAGUCUGUAUCUUUCUAGCCCAGAAUACAACUUCCUUCUGAACCUCGAUCACGUGGAAUUCAAGCGCUUUCGUUUUUUAGUCAUUGAAGCCAUCCUUGCCACAGACCUUAAGAAGCAUUUUGAUUUCCUUGCUGAAUUCAAUGCCAAGGCCAAUGAUGUAAAUAGCAACGGUAUAGAAUGGAGUAAUGAAAACGACCGCCUCUUAGUAUGCCAGGUGUGCAUCAAACUGGCAGACAUAAACGGCCCAGCAAAAGUUCGGAACUUGCAUUUGAAAUGGACAGAAGGCAUUGUCAAUGAAUUUUAUGAGCAGGGAGACGAAGAAGCCAAUCUCGGUUUGCCCAUCAGCCCCUUCAUGGAUCGAUCCUCUCCGCAGCUGGCCAAGCUCCAGGAGUCCUUCAUCACACACAUCGUGGGCCCCCUGUGCAACUCCUACGAUGCUGCCGGUCUGCUCCCAGGCCAGUGGGUGGAAGCGGAAGAGGAGGAGGAUGCCGAGAGUUGUUACGAUGACGAUGGUGAAGAGUCCGAUACAGAUGAGGAAGAAAUAGAAGACAACCUGGAUCCCAAGCCGCAGAGAAGGAAAGGCAGGCGGCGAAUAUUCUGCCAGCUGAUGCACCACCUCACCGAGAACCACAAGGUGUGGAAGGAGAUGGUGGAGGAGGAGGAGAAGUGCCCAGCGGAGGACACUCAGCCGCAGGCGGAGGGCGCGCCCAUCCCUCAGGCCGACGAGAUCCAGGUCAUCGAGGAGGCGGACGAAGAGGAGGAGAGACAGUGCGAAUGACCGAGACCUACCGAAGCAGCCCGGGCUGUGCCCAGGGUCGGCGGUCGGUGCCUCAUGCUCACUGUGCUGACUUUCAACUUGACCGUCCCCGUGGACAGGCCGUCAAACUGUGAGGAUCCUCGCGGUGCCCGGGGACUCCCGCCCUAACACCUUCCCUAAGAACUAGAGGCUAUUCCUAGAGCUUGGCUGCACCUGACUCAUGUCGCAAAGCUCUCUCAGUGCCUCCCCUGGUCUGUGAGUCCCUUGUCUCCAUACAGCUUCGUAGGUGGAAAGCACUAAUUUUCCAUGAGGGGUGGCUGCAACUAAAAGCUCAAGUGACUUACUGCAGUUUCCAAAGUGGCCAGAACUUUCUGCUUUCAUGAAGACAGGAUUCAUACUGUAUUUCCAUGUGUCCUCUGUCUUUGAAUGUUUUGGGGAAAGAAAAAAAAAGUCUGUGCCUAUUUAAGAAGGAAUCCAGUGUCUCCUUUCCGAGGGAUCUGUUCAAUGCAAUACACUGUCGAGUGCUGUUUUCCCAGCUAAUCUUCCCCACGAAGGACUGAGUGACCUUUGUUAUAUUUAACAAAAUCCAGGCGCAUCGAUUUCUGAUGCUUUUUACUGUUGUGUUAUUAUUUACUGUGUGUUUUGUUUCUUGCUCUUAUUGCUCAGAUUUGCCGUGGACAUCAGAAGUCUGAAUUCUUGCCUUUUUCACUUUAUAUUCCAUGGUCAAAUUUUAAAGCUGUUGAGAUUUAACAAUGAAGGAAAUUUUUUAUUCUUUACUCAGAACUGUUCUUAUUUUUACUCUUGCUCAGGAUUAGUAUUUUUAAACAUUCAAUUAUUAUAAUCACAGCACACAUUUUCAGAAGAAAAAACUUUUUCUUAGUAUUGAUAUUAACCUUUUAUGAAAAGGAGCAUAAUUUUCCCUUUUCUUAGAAAAAUGAGACCAAUUAAAGCCACGGAAAAGGUGUGUCUUUUGCCUUAAUAUAAAACAAAUGAGACUGAUCCUGUCAAAGACAAAGAACAAAGGAAAUAGUGUGAGCUCUGAAGGGCACAUACGUUAAAUAACCUAUUGGAAUGUGUACUUAUUUUUAGAUCUGCUUCGGUGCCACGUGUUUAGUUACUGUAAAACUGACGUUCAUCUUUCUAUUCCUGUCCUUUUGCCUCGAGAAAACACAACAGAAAUGACCUAUGACUACUCAAAACUUCUAGAGCCCAGUGCAAGUCUAAUUUCUGAGAUAAAGUAAAUGGUGAGAAUACAUAUUUAAUUUUUAUAUAACAAAUCUAAAUAUUUUAGUAAAUCAUUUCAUGCAAAAGCACGUUGCACAUUAUUAAGAUAACUGCAAAGAAAAUGGAACAUAUUUACAAUGUUUUUAAGCUUGUUAGUUUCUGCUGGGGUACAUCUAUACCUUAGUGCGAAAAAAUUGUGAAGAUAUAAAGAGCAGCCAAAGUGAUAGCAAGAUGGUAGACGAGCAUUUCUUCUUACUCGUGGAAGACCAUAGUACAUUUUGGAGCCGUUCAGCUUCUGUAGACAUUAAAAUCAUUAAUUUUCCAAGGUAAGUCCUUUAAAAAAUGAUGUCAGCAGGCAGUUUCUUACCUACCUAGAAUAGAAGAGUUGGCUUACCUGAAAGAUACCAAUUUACAAUCUAUGGAACUGUUGGAUGUUUUGAUCCUGCAGAGUAUCAUAAUUUUUCAUGAAUCACUAAGACUUAUUUAUUAGACAUGGUGAGUGCCGAGUUCCUUCCUGCCACUUUUGUUACCGUCGCCACAUCAUCUGUAAACUGGCCCCACAUAACUGAGUAAUAAAAUUUUAACUAAUUUACUGAGUUUGCAUUUGUAUACAUAUCUUGUGCUUCUGCUUCUCCAGAGUGCAUCUUGCAUCUCUCAUACUCCUGCUACUGCCAAGUACACGUGUGUGUAUAAAUUCACACCUGUGCAUGUGUGCACGAAAGAGUCAGAUUUCCUUACUUUCUAUUAUUUCAUUAAAAUUUUGUAUUGGGA